CCUGGAGAGGUUUUCAGCUUCGGCGCGAGGCACUUGGGCAGGAUCCCUGGGCUGCACCCUCCUCCGCCCGCGCCCCGUGGGGCUGGAAGUGGGAAUGUGCCCACCCUGACGGGGACCGGGGGCCGCACGGCAGUUGGGGGUGGGUGGGGGUGGGUAGGAGUAAGGGUGCAGGGACACCGCCGCUUGGAGCCCGGGACCCCGCGGCAUCCAGUGCGUCUGUGUCGGUCCCAGGGGGAGACCUCCCACCCCGAAAAGAGACCGAAGUGGCGGAAGGAGCCCGCAGCCGCUUCCCCACGUCGGGGGCUUCUCUAGCGCAAGGAUGCUCCAGACCUUGUAUGAUUACUUCUGGUGGGAACGUCUGUGGCUGCCUGUGAACUUGACCUGGGCCGAUCUAGAAGACCGAGAUGGACGUGUCUACGCCAAAGCCUCAGAUCUCUAUAUCACGCUGCCCCUGGCCUUGCUCUUCCUCAUCGUUCGAUACUUCUUUGAGCUGUACGUGGCUACACCACUGGCUGCCCUCUUGAACAUAAAGGAGAAAACUCGGCUGCGGGCACCUCCCAACGCCACCUUGGAACAUUUCUACCUGACCAGUGGCAAGCAGCCCAAGCAGGUGGAAGUAGAGCUUUUGUCCCGGCAGAGCGGGCUCUCUGGUCGCCAGGUAGAGCGUUGGUUCCGUCGCCGCCGCAACCAGGACCGGCCCAGUCUCCUCAAGAAGUUCCGAGAAGCCAGCUGGAGAUUCACAUUUUACCUGAUUGCCUUCAUUGCCGGCAUGGCCGUCAUUGUGGAUAAACCCUGGUUCUAUGACAUGAAGAAAGUUUGGGAGGGAUAUCCCAUACAGAGCACUAUCCCUUCCCAGUAUUGGUACUACAUGAUUGAACUUUCCUUCUACUGGUCCCUGCUCUUCAGCAUUGCCUCUGAUGUCAAGCGAAAGGAUUUCAAGGAACAGAUCAUCCACCAUGUGGCCACCAUCAUUCUCAUCAGCUUUUCCUGGUUUGCCAAUUACAUCCGAGCUGGGACUCUAAUCAUGGCUCUGCAUGACUCUUCCGAUUACCUGCUGGAGUCAGCCAAGAUGUUUAACUAUGCGGGAUGGAAGAACACCUGCAACAACAUCUUCAUCGUCUUCGCCAUUGUUUUCAUCAUCACCCGACUGGUCAUCCUGCCCUUCUGGAUCCUGCAUUGCACCCUGGUGUACCCACUGGAGCUCUAUCCUGCCUUCUUUGGCUAUUACUUCUUCAAUUCCAUGAUGGGAGUUCUACAGCUGCUGCAUAUCUUCUGGGCCUACCUCAUUUUGCGCAUGGCCCACAAGUUCAUAACUGGAAAGCUGGUAGAAGAUGAACGCAGUGACCGGGAAGAAACAGAGAGCUCAGAGGGGGAGGAGGCUGCAGCUGGGGGAGGAGCAAAGAGCCGGCCCCUAGCCAAUGGCCACCCCAUCCUCAAUAACAACCAUCGUAAGAAUGACUGAACCAUUAUUCCAGCUGCCUCCCAGAUUAAUGCAUAAAGCCAAGGAACUACCCCCCUCCCCGCGCUAUAGGGUCACUUUAAGCUCUGGGGAAAAAGGAGAAAGCGAGAGGAGAGUUCUCUGCAUCCUCCCUCCUUGCUUGUCACCCAGUUGCCUUUAAACCAAAUUCUAACCAGCCUAUCCCCAGGUAGGGGGACGUUGGUUAUAUUCUGUUAGAGGGGGAUGGUCGUAUUUUCCUCCCUAUCCACCAAGUCAUCCUUUCUACUUCUUUUGAGGCCCUCCCUCAGCUCUCUGUGGGUAGGGGUUACAAUUCACAUUCCUUAUUCUGAGAAUUUGGCCCCAGCUGUUUGCCUUUGACUCCCUGACCUCCAGAGCCAGGGUUGUGCCUUAUUGUCCCAUCUGUGGGCCUCAUUCUGCCAAAGCUGGACCAAGGCUAACCUUUCUAAGCUCCCUAACUUGGGCCAGAAACCAAAGCUGAGCUUUUAACUUUCUCCCUCUAUGACACAAAUGAAUUGAGGGUAGGAGGAGGGUGCACAUAACCCUUACCCUACCUCUGCCAAAAAGUGGGGGCUGUACAGGGGACUGCUCGGAUGAUCUUUCUUAGUGCUACUUCUUUCAGCUGUCCCUGUAGCGACAGGUCUAAGAUCUGACUGCCUCCUCCUUUCUCUGGCCUCUUCCCCUUCCCUCUUCUCUUCAGCUAGGCUAGCUGGUUUGGAGUAGAAUGGCAACUAAUUCUAAUUUUUAUUUAUUAAAUAUUUGGGGUUUUGGUUUUAAAGCCAGAAUUACGGCUAGCACCUAGCAUUUCAGCAGAGGGACCAUUUUAGACCAAAAUGUACUGUUAAUGGGUUUUUUUUUUUAAAUUAAAAGAUUAAAUAAAAAAUAUUAAAUAAAACAUGGCAAUAAGUGUCAGACUAUUAGGAAUUGAGAAGGGGGAUCAACUAAAUAAACGAAGAAAGUCUUUCUUA